AUGGGCAACCACGGCUCCAACCUGGAUGAUAUCCUGGCCGAGGACAUGCACCACUGGUACAACAAGUUCAUGAAGGAGUCGCCCUCUGGACUCAUCACGCUCUUCGAGCUCAAGGCCAUCCUGGGACUGCAGGGAAUGAGCGAGGAUGCCAACAGCUACGUGGACCAGGUCUUCUUCACCUUCGACAUGGACGGGGAUGGUUAUAUUGACUUUGUGGAGUAUAUUGCAGCCAUCAGUUUACUAUUAAAAGGAGAGAUAAACCAGAAGCUAAAGUGGUAUUUCAAGCUCUUUGAUCAAGAUGGAAAUGGAAAAAUAGACAAAGAUGAAUUAGAGACAAUAUUCACGGCCAUACAGGACAUAACCCGAGUCCACGAUGUUCCCCCUGAAGAGAUUGUGUCCCUCAUUUUCCAAAAGAUAGAUGUCAAUGGAGAAGGUGAGUUAACCCUGGAGGAGUUCAUAAGUGGAGCCAAGGAGCACCCGGACAUUAUGGAGAUGCUGAAGAAAAUGAUGGAUCUGACCCCAGUCCUGGUGAUCAUUGUGAAUGGGCGGCGGAACAGCAUCUGA